GUCGGUUAACUGUUGCUUAACGGUCGGUUAACGGUCGAGUCGCGCGCUCAUUCAGCCGUUAGCGCGGCUGUCACCUUGGCGCGUGACCGGGACAUUUAAAACAAACAUGUCGGGCGUCUGCCGGUCCGUGUCAGCCAAGAUCCUGACAGAGGCUCUUCUCUGCCCGUGGUUUGUGUCGGCACGGAGCAAAUUUACCAAAGCAAGAAUCCCACGAGAGCUGUUCGUCGAGCGAUCGAAAGAACACGAGAAGUACGGAGGGGACCCGGACCAGCCUCACAAACUGCACAUAGUGACGCGAGUUAAAAGUGUGAUGCGGAGGCCGCACUGGGAGAGAGAGAUGGUGAAACACCUCGGCCUGCAGAAGGCACACACACCUGUCAUCCACAAAAACACACCUGCAGUCAAUAACCAACUGAAAUUUGUCAAGCACCUUGUGAGGAUCCAGCCUCUGAAGACUCCCUACGGACUCCCUGCUGAACAGGACAUGGCCGACAGCUACAUCAACAGCAACGGAGAGCUGAUCGUGCACCGCCUCCUCCAACCUUUAGACCCAAAGGCGCUCAAAUCGUAGCUCCGCGUUCAGUCAUGAGUUCAGUUAUUCAUGCGACAUGAAGAAAAUCCUGCAGCUCCACGGAGGAGACGCUGUGGCAGCAGCUGGACUCGAAUGGAUCCUGAUGUGUUGUGUGUUUGACUUUAUUACAUGUUCCUCAGUAAACCUGUUUAUUAAAAAAACAUGAAUUAAAGACCUGUUGAAACGAAA